AUGGCUAGGGUGCGAGACCCUCUCGUCGUCGGAAAGGUCAUCGGGGAGGUCAUCGACAACUUCAACCCCACGGUGAAUAUGUCGGUGACCUACAGCUCCGACAAGCAGGUGUCCAACGGCCAGGAGUUCUUGCCGACGGCGGUCGUGUCCAAGCCACGCAUUCAGGUCCCGGGUGGCGACAUGAGAUCUUUCUUCAGUCUGGUCAUGACGGACCCAGAUGUGCCAGGGCCUAGUGACCCAUACCUGAGGGAGCAUCUCCACUGGAUCGUCACUGAUAUUCCUGGCACCACUGAUGCUUCUUUCGGGAGCGAGGUGGUGAGCUAUGAGAGCCCGAAGCCCACCAUCGGUAUUCACAGGUUCGUCUUCGUGCUGUUCAAACAGAAGAAGCGGCAGGCUGUGAACCCUCGAGCUCCUUCCACCAGGGACUGCUUCAACACUCGCCGCUUCGCCGACGAGAACGACCUCGGUCUCCCGGUCGCCGCCGUCUACUUCAACGCGCAGCGGGAGACAGCCGCGCGCCGCCGCUGA